AGAGGGAAUUUCAUUUUCUUGGAUAGUCAAUCUGAUAUUAAUUGAGUUUUAAAACAAGCAGUUGUGUUUUAAUUUUAGGCAGCGGAACUGUUUAUUUAGUUUCAAUCGGAAUCAGAAAAUCAGGGAACACCGGAAACACACUUUUGAACGGAGAGUUCGCGAGCUCGACAUGUUCAAGAACACAUUUCAAAGUGGAUUUCUGUCCAUCCUUUAUAGUAUCGGCAGCAAACCGCUUCAAAUAUGGGACAAGAAGGUCAGGAAUGGCCACAUAAAGAGGGUGACUGAUAACGACAUACACUCCUAUGUGUUGGAAAUCGAAGGAGCAAACGUGAGCACCACCUACAUAACAUGUCCCGCUGAUCCCAAAAAGACGCUCGGCAUCAAGCUUCCCUUCCUGGUUAUGAUCAUCAAGAACCUCAAAAAGUACUUCACCUUCGAGGUCCAGGUGCUGGAUGACAAAAAUGUCCGACGGCGAUUUCGAGCGAGUAAUUACCAAAGCACGACGCGGGUGAAGCCGUUCAUCUGCACCAUGCCGAUGAGGCUGGACGACGGGUGGAACCAGAUACAGUUUAACCUGUCGGACUUCACCAGGAGGGCUUACGGGACCAAUUAUUCAGAGACCCUACGUGUUCAGAUUCAUGCUAACUGCUGCAUCAGGAGGGUCUACUUCUCAGACAGGCUGUAUGCUGAAGAUGAGCUGCCGGCAGAGUUCAAACUCUACCUGCCGGUUCAGAAUCCCAAAUCAAAGCAAUGAUUCCUGUCGUUCCCGAGCUGUCGUGAAGUUUAGUCAGAUUAAUUUUAAUGUAGUGCUUUUGAGUCUUCUCGUCUUUAUUUCUACUCGACUUGUACGUUCUGACAGUUUUUACUGUACAUAAUCAUCAAUAAACUGCUGAUGUGCAAAAUUUGUACUUUUAUAAGAGUUUGUGUUGGAAAAGAUGUUUUGAAAGUUCUAUUUCUCAAAAGUGAAAUAAAAUGUCUAUUUAAAAAUGUA